AUGAUGAGCAACAACUACAGCGAGGAGCCACAGUACUACCAGGCCGCCGACUUUGUCGGGGAGGAGGACGAUGAGAUGCCAGCAACAGAGAAGGAUCUGGCCGAGGACGCGCCAUGGAAGAAGAUCCAGCAGAACACGUUCACCCGGUGGUGCAACGAGCACCUGAAGUGUGUCAACAAGACCAUCGGUGACCUGCAGCGUGACUUCAGUGAUGGCCUGAAGCUCAUCUGGCUUCUGGAGGUGCUUAGCCAGAAGAAAAUGUACAGAAAGUACCACAGCAGGCCUAACUUUCGCCAAAUGAAGCUGGAGAAUGUCUCCGUAGCACUGGAGUUCCUGGACCGGGAGCACAUCAAACUGGUGUCUAUUGAUAGCAAAGCCAUCGUUGAUGGGAAUCUAAAGCUUAUCCUGGGUCUUAUCUGGACUCUCAUCCUGCACUACUCUAUAUCUAUGCCAAUGUGGGAUGACGAGGACGAUGAGGAGACAAAGAAGAUGACGCCCAAACAGCGUCUGCUUGGCUGGAUCCAGAACAAAGUGCCUCAGCUGCCAAUCAACAACUUCAACCGCGACUGGAGGGAUGGCAAAGCCCUUGGAGCUUUGGUGGAUAAUUGCGCUCCAGGUUUGUGUCCUGAUUGGGCCGAGUGGGACCCCAACCAGCCUGUGGAAAAUGCAAGAGAAGCCAUGCAGCAGGCGGAUGAUUGGCUUGGUGUGCCUCAGGUUAUUGCACCUGAAGAGAUAGUGGAUCCAGAUGUAGAUGAGCACUCUGUGAUGACCUACCUGUCACAGUUCCCCAAAGCCAAGCUGAAGCCAGGAGCCCCUCUCAAACCCAAACAGCUAUUCCCUCACAAGGCCAAAGCCUAUGGACCAGGUAUUGAGCCUCAUGGUAACAAGGUGCUUCACCCUGCUGUUUUCACUGUGGAUACUAUUGAAGCGGGCAGUGGUGAGGUCCUAGUCUAUGUGGAGGAUCCCGAGGGACACAAAGAAGAGGCCAAGGUGAAACCUAACAAAGACAAAAACCGAACCUACACAGUCACUUAUAUUCCUAAAGUUGAAGGUCUUCACAAGGUUAAGGUGUUAUUUGCUGGCCAGGACAUUGACAAGAGCCCCUAUUCAGUGAAUGUGGCAAAGGACAUGGGUGACCCCAGUAAAGUGCAUGCCAGGGGACCCGGUCUAGAACGCACAGGCAACAUAGCCAACAAACCCACUUAUUUUGACAUCUUCACAGCCGGUGCUGGCAAUGGCGACAUCAGCGUGGUCAUUGUUGAUCCACAGGGUAAAAAUGACACAGUGGAAAUCAUUCUGGAAAACAAAGGCGACAGUGUGUUCCGAUGUACCUAUCGCCCUGUGAUUGAGGGUCCUCAUGCCAUCCAUGUGCUGUUUGGCGGCCAAGAGAUCCCAAAGAGCCCAUUCCCUGUCAACAUCGCAGAAGCCAUCAAUCCAAACGCCUGCAGAGCUACCGGCAGAGGCCUUCAGCCUAAGGGUGUGAGAGUAAAGGAGGUUGCAGACUUCAAAGUUUUCACCAAGGGAGCUGGCAGUGGAACAUUGAACGUCUCGGUCAAAGGGCCCACUGGGGUGCAGGAACAAGUGAAAGUGCGAGAUACAGGAAAUGGAGUGUAUGAGUGCGAGUAUUACCCCCUCAAACCGGGUAAAUAUACAGUCAGCAUAAUGUGGGGAAAUCAGCCCAUCCCUCGCAGUCCAUUUGAAGUAGAGGUAGGACCGGAGGCAGGUUUCCAGAAGGUGAGGGCUUGGGGUCCUGGUCUGAAGACAGGGAUGGUGGGAAAAUCUGCUGACUUUGUGGUUGAGGCCAUCGGCACAGAUGUUGGGACUCUGGGCUUCUCCAUCGAAGGACCCUCUCAGGCUAAGAUCGAGUGUGACGACAAGGGUGAUGGCUCCUGCGAUGUCCGCUACUGGCCCACUGAACCUGGCGACUACGCUGUCCAUGUAAUUUGUGAUGACGAGGACAUCAAGGACAGCCCCUUCAUGGCCCAUAUCCUCCCUGCUGCCAAUGACACCUUCCCAGAGAAGGUGAAAGCCUUUGGGCCGGGCCUGCAGCCAAAUGGCGUUACUGUAAACAAGCCAACUGAAUUUACUAUUGAUGCACGCAUGGCUGGGAAGGGUCCACUCUCCAUCUAUGCCCAGGAUGCCGAAGGCUGCACAAUCAACAUCAAAGUCAAUGACAAAGGCGAUGGAACAUAUCUGUGCACUUAUACUCCCACCAAGCCUAUUAAACACACCAUCAUCAUCGCCUGGAGUGGUGUAAAUGUGCCCAACAGCCCCUUUAGGGUGCAGGUCGGAGAGGGUUGUCAUCCAGACAGGGUCAAGGUCUAUGGGCCCGGAGUGGAGAAGACGGGCCUCAAGGCUAAUGAGCCAACAUACUUCACUGUGGACUGCAGUGAGGCUGGUCAAGGUGACAUCAGCAUAGGAAUCAAGUGUGCCCCAGGGGUGGUUGGCCCUGCCGAGGCAGACAUCGACUUUGACAUCAUCAAGAAUGACAAUGACACCUUUACUGUCAAGUACACUCCCCCGGGAGCAGGUCGCUACACCAUCAUGGUGCUCUUUGCUGACCAGGAAAUUCCCAUCAGUCCAUUCAAAGUCAAAGUUGAUCCCUCUCAUGAUGCUGGAAAGGUGAGGGCAGAAGGCCCUGGACUCAACAAGACAGGAGUGGAGGUGGGCACGCCAACCCACUUUACAAUCUAUACAAAAGGAGCAGGCAAAGCCAAGCCAGAAGUGCGCUUCGCAGCCUCAGGCCCAGGAGAGGUCGUCCGUGACUUUGAGAUAAUCGAUAACCAUGAUUACUCCUACACAGUCAAAUACACCGCUCUUCAACAGGGCAACAUGGCAAUCACGGUCACUCAUGGAGGGGAUCCCAUCCCCAAAAGCCCCUUCCAUAUCACAGUGGCUCCGCAGCUGAACAUUGGAAAAGUCAAAGUUGAGGGUUUAGACACCAAAGUGGAAGUGGGACGGGACCAAGAAUUCACAGUGAACACAAAGGGUGCCGGCGGGCAGGGCAAUGUAGGCGUGAAGAUGACCUCACCCACCGGCCGACCAAUUCCGUGCAAGCUGGAAUCGGACAAAGCCAAAGGCAUUCACAAUGUGAAGUACAUCCCCCCGGAGGAGGGGCAAUACAAGGUGGAUGUCAGCUAUGAUGGAAACCCCGUCAUGGGAAGCCCCUUUGGGUUGGAAGCUGUGAUGCCUGCUGAUCCCUCAAAGGUCCGAGCAUUUGGCCCUGGACUUCAGGGCGGUAUUGUAGGCAAACCGGCUCCAUUCACUAUCGACACAAAGGGAGCGGGAGCAGGUGGACUAGGCCUGACAGUGGAGGGUCCUUGUGAGGCCAAAAUUGAGUGCCAAGACAAUGGCGACGGAACAUGCUCAGUAGCCUACUUGCCCACCGAAGCUGGAGAGUACAACAUCAACAUUCUGUUCGCGGAGCAGCACAUCCCGGGCUCUCCUUUCAAGGCAGCAGUGCGACCAGCCUUUGAUCCCAGCAAGGUCACGGCCAGUGGUCCAGGCUUGGAAAGGGCCAAGGCGGGUGAGUCGGCCACCUUCACCGUGGACUGCACACGGGCUGGCGAUGCCGAGCUUAGCAUCGAAAUUAUCUCGGACACCGGGGCGAAGGCUGAAGUGCACAUCCAGAAAACGGCAGAGGGAACGUUCUCCGUCACAUACAUCCCACCGUUCCAUGGCGCGCACACCAUUACCAUCAAAUAUGGGGGUCAUAUGAUCCCCCACUUCCCCAAGGUUCUGCAAGUGGACCCCUCUGUGGACACCAGUGGGGUGCACGUCUACGGGCCUGGAGUAGAGCCUCGAGGAGUCCUUAGAGAAGUCACUACCCAUUUUAUUGUGGACGCCCGGGCUCUAAACAAGGUUGGAGGAAAUCACGUGAAGGCUCGCAUUGUUAACCCCUCGGGCACCACCACAGAAGGCUACAUCACCGACAAAGGUGACGGCACCUAUAGAGUGGAGUACACGCCCUUUGAAGAUGGCAUGCAUCUGAUCGAGGUACUUUAUGAUGACGUACCUGUACCCAAGAGUCCCUUCAGAGUGUCAGUAAUGGAAGGAUGCGAUCCCACCCGGGUGAGGGCCUAUGGACCUGGUCUGGAGGGAGGAAUAACCAACAAGCCAAACUGCUUUACUGUGGAGACCAGGGGUGCUGGAACUGGAGGCUUGGGCCUGACCAUUGAGGGAGCUUCUGAGGCCAAAAUAUCAUGUAAAGACAAUAAAGAUGGAAGCUGCAGUGUGGAGUAUGUCCCCUUCACUCCUGGCGACUAUGACGUCAACAUCAAUUAUGGCGGCCACCCCAUCCCCGGUAGUCCCUUCAAGGUGCCAGUCAAGGACCCCGUUGACCCCAGCAAAGUCAAGUGCUCCGGUCCUGGCCUGGGUUCAGGAGUGAGAGCGCACAUCCCUCAAACGUUCACUGUGGACUGCACUCAGGCCGGACAAGCUGCAUUGGAUGUCAAACUCUUUGGGCCAACAGGUACCAUGGAGCCAGUCGGAGUUAAAAACAAUGGUGAUGGAACCCACACGGUUCACUACACCCCAGCUCAAGAUGGACCGUACACUGUGGCAGUCAAAUAUGCAGACCAGGAGGUCCCACAUAGCCCAUUCAAAGUGAUGUCUCAGCCUGGGCACGACGCCAGUAAGGUGCGAGCCAGCGGGCCGGGUCUGGACAGCAAAGGCGUGUCAGCCAGCCUCCCUGUGGAGUUCACCAUUGAUGCUCGCGAUGCCGGCGAGGGGCUGCUCACUGUGCAAAUUCUGGACCCUGAGGGCAAGCCAAAGAAUGCAAGCAUCCAGGACAACAGAGAUGGCACUUACACCGUGUCCUAUGUACCUGACUCUAUCGGCCCGUACACCAUCACCAUCAAAUAUGGAGGCGAUGAGAUUCCGUACUCCCCCUACCGGAUUCAGUCGAAUCCUACAGGAGAUGCCAGCAAGUGUCGGGUCACAGUGUCCAUAGGAGGACAUGGUGUAUCGGGUCUUCAAAAGCUGCAGACCUCAGAGGAUACUGUGAUCACGGUGGACGCGAAAGCUGCUGGUAAGGGCAAGGUGACGUGUAAGGUGUUAACGCCACAAGGGAUGGAGCUGGACAUGGAUGUGGUGGAGAAUCACGACGGGACGUUUGACAUUUACUACACGGCUCCCGAACCUGGCAAAUACGUGAUCACCAUUCGAUUCGGAGGGCAGAACAUCCCCAAGAGCCCCUUUCAUGUGGUGGCCUCAAAUGAACCUGUUGCUCCUCGUGACACUGUGGAUCCACUCUUCAGACCGGUCAACUUCCUUGUGCCUUUCACACCGCAGCAAGGAGAAAUAUCAGGCGAGGUCCGAAUGCCUUCAGGCAAAACGGCAAGGCCACAUAUCACAGAUAAUAAAGAUGGCACCAUCACCAUCAAGUACCAACCAACUGAGAAAGGCCUACAUGAGAUGGACAUCAAAUAUGAUGGCAACCACAUUCCAGGAAGCCCUCUACAGUUCUUUGUGGAUGCUGUGAACAGUGGAGUGGUGUCAGCCUAUGGUCCGGGCCUAAGUUAUGGCAUGGUCAACAAAGCUGCCACCUUUACUGUGGUCACCAAGAAUGCAGGAGAAGGUGGUCUCUCCCUGGCUGUGGAGGGCCCAUCUAAGGCAGAGAUCACCUGCAAGGACAACAAAGACGGCACCUGCACUGUGUCCUACCUGCCCACAGCGCCCGGAGACUACAACAUCAUUGUCAAAUUUGACAACAAGCACAUUCCUGGCAGCCCCUUUGUUGCCAAGAUCACCGGGGAUGACACCAUUACCAGAACGUCCCAGCUGAACGUGGGUACUGCCGCUGAUGUGUCGCUCAAGAUCGCUGAAACAGACCUGAGCUCUCUCAGUGCCAGCAUCAGAGCGCCCUCAGGCAAUGAAGAACCCUGCCUGCUCAAGAGGUUGCCCAACAGACACCUUGGUAUCUCAUUUACCCCUAAAGAGGUAGGCGAACACGAAGUCAGUGUGAGGAAGAACGGCGUACAUGUGGCCAAUAGCCCUUUCAAGAUCAUGGUCGGGCAAUCAGAGAUCGGAGAGGCCAGCCGGGUUAAAGCUUUCGGCAAGGGCCUUGUGGAGGCACACACAUUUGAGAUGGCCGAAUUCUUUGUUGAUACCAGGAAUGCCGGUUAUGGUGGGCUGGCACUCUCCAUUGAGGGUCCUAGCAAAGUGGAUAUCAACUGCGAGGAUAUGGAGGACGGAACCUGCAGAGUUACCUAUUGUCCCACAGAACCUGGAAAUUACACCGUAAACAUCAAAUUUGCUGAGAAACACAUCCCAGGAAGUCCGUUCACAGUGAAGGUGACUGGUGAGGGAAGGAUGAAGGAGAGCAUAACCAGAAAGAGGCAGGCGUCUUCUAUUGCUUCGGUGGGAAGCACAUGUGGACUCAACCUGAAGAUUCCAGGAAACUGGUUCCAGAUGGUGUCUGCCCAGGAGAGGCUGACCCGGUCAUUUACCCGCAGCAGCCAUACUUAUACACGCACUGAGCGCACUGAGAUCAGCAAAACCCGUGGAGGCGAAACUAAGCGGGAGGUCCGGGUUGAGGAGAGCACCCAGGUGGGCGGAGGUGGAAGCCCUUUCAGAGACGUCUUCGGAGAUUUCCUGGGCCGGGAGAGCCUUAGCAGCUUUGCUGGCAUAACUGCGAGACCUGAAUCUGAGACGGGCUCGCAAGCCAUGACGGCUCAGGUGACCAGCCCUGGAGGGAAGACAGUGGAUGCAGACAUCGUGGAUGGAGGAAACAGCACCUACAGUGUACGAUUUAUCCCCCACGAGAUGGGACCGCACACUGUAAACGUCAAGUACAGAGGCCAGCAUGUUCCUGGGAGUCCCUUCCAGUUUACCGUGGGGCCCAUGGGGGAGGGUGGUGCACACAAGGUCCGUGCAGGAGGUCCUGGUCUGGAGAGAGGCGUGGCUUCAGCUCCUUCUGAAUUUAGCAUCUGGACCAGAGAAGCCGGCGCCGGUGGGCUGUCCAUUGCUGUAGAGGGGCCGAGCAAGGCGGAAAUUUCCUUUGAGGACAGAAAGGACGGUUCCUGCGGCGUCUCCUACAUUGUUAAGGAACCCGGUGACUACGAGGUGUCAAUUAAGUUCAACAACGAGCACAUCCCUGACAGCCCAUUCAUCGUUCCCAUCGCAACACUGUCAGACGAAGCCCGCAGGCUCACGUUCACAAGCCUGCAGGACAAGGAUUUGAAGGUAAACCAAGAAGCAUCGUUUAUGGUGCAGCGCAACGGGACUCGCGGUGUAGUAGAUGCCAAAGUCCACACCCCUUCUGGUUGUUCCGAGGAGUGUUAUGUCACCGAGUUGGAUGGUGACAAGACCGCCGUGCGCUUCAUUCCGCGGGAGAACGGUGUUCACUCUAUAGACGUCAAGUUCAAUGGCUGCCACAUCCCUGGAAGCCCUUUCAACGUGCGAGUGGGUGACCCGGGACUGAUAGGAGAUCCAGGCAUGGUUACAGCGCAUGGCCCAGGACUUCUUGGUGGAAACACAGGUGUGCCCUCCGAGUUUGUGGUCAACACGUGUAAUGCUGGGCCGGGGACAUUGUCGGUGAACAUAGACGGGCCUUCCAAAGUCAAGAUGGACUGUUGUGAGUGUCCAGAAGGCUACAAAGUCACCUAUAUUCCCAUGGCUCCUGGCAAUUAUCUCAUCACCAUCAAAUAUGGCGGGCCACAGCACAUAGUUGGAAGUCCCUUCAAAGCUAAAGUUACAGGCGCCAGACUGUCGGGUGGCCACAGCCUCCACGAGACGUCAUCCGUCCUAGUGGAAACGGUCACCAAAUCGUCCAAAGUGGGCGGCGGAGGCUUUAGCUCCUCCUCAUCCACCACGGCCGCGUCGUCCAAGCUGACCUCGGACGCAAGCAAGGUGGUCUGCCGUGGAAUGGGCUUGACCAAGGCCAUGGUGGGACAGAAAAACAAUUUCACAGUCGACUGCGGCAAAGCAGGCAGCAAUAUGCUUAUGGUGGGUGUGCAUGGACCGCAUGCUCCGUGUGAAGAGGUAUAUGUGAAGCACAUGGGCAACAAGCUCUACAACGUCACCUACACGAUCAAGGACAAGGGUAGCUAUACCGUCAUUGUCAAAUGGGGUGACGACAACAUCCCGGGGAGCCCGUACAAAGUGUCGACGCCGUAA